UCGGAGUCAUCGUUUCUCAUCAAGCGCGGGGGAGAAGAAAGAAAACAGAGAGAUGCUCUGUUUCUCUCUUCUUCUUCUUCGUAUCACACACUCUCUUCAGAUCUGUAAACUCUAGAACUUAGCCGGACGACGAACAACACUCUCGCGAUGAACCUAAGAACCCACGCGUUCGCAGGCAACCCCUUGAGAUCCAAAACCCCAAAAUCCACCGACUCCUUCUCACCUUCCUCCGCUUUCAAAUCCCUAAAAGCCCUAAUCCCUUCAAUCCCCAAUCACCCCGCGCCUUCCCCCGAUUUCAAAGUCCUCCCCUUUAGCAAAGGCCGCCCGCUGGUGUUCUCCAGCGGCGGAGACGCUUCCGCGACGCCUCUCUGGCAUCUGGGAUGGGUCAGCUUAUCCGAUUGCAAGGCUCUGCUGAAUACUCGCGGGGUUGAUCUCGACGAGAACUCGCUCGUGUAUUUAGGACCCAAGGUGGAGGAAGACUUGGUGUGUUGGGCGGUUGACGUGUCGUCUCAAGAAGAGCACGGCGUCGUUUUGGAGUUAACGAGUAGGAAGCUCUGUUUCGUCGAGCUUCGGACCUUGAUGGUGGCUGCUGAUUGGGAGGAUCAACGCGCUAUGGAUGAGUUAGCUAUUGCGGGACAUGCGAGGGCGUUGCUUGAGUGGCACAAAGUCUCACGCUUUUGUGGAGCUUGUGGAGGUUCAACUGUUCCGAAGGAAGCUGGGAGAAGAAAGCAAUGCUCAAACGAGGCUUGCAAAAAACGGGUUUAUCCUCGGGUUGACCCGGUUGUUAUAAUGUUGGUUAUUGAUCGAGAGAAUGAUCGCGCGCUUUUGAGUAGGCAAGCGAGGUUUGUGCCGAGGAUGUGGAGUUGUUUAGCCGGGUUUAUUGAGCCAGGGGAGAGCUUAGAAGAGGCUGUGAGGCGAGAAACAUGGGAAGAGACGGGGAUUGAAGUAGGAGAAGUUGUCUAUCACAGCUCUCAGCCUUGGCCUGUUGGACCAAGUAGCAUGCCCUGCCAGUUGAUGCUUGGGUUCUUUGCUUUCGCCAAGACUCUUGACAUAAACGUAGACAAGGAAGAGUUAGAAGAUGCUCAAUGGCACAGUAGAGAAGAUGUGAAGAAAGCAGUGUCGUUUGCAGAGUACAGGAAGGCGCAAAGAACAGCGGCUUCAAAGAUAGAGCAGAUGUGUAAAGGUGUGGAGAGAAGCCAGAGUCUAUCAACUGAUUUCAAUGUGGAAAGUGGUGAGCUCGCUCCUAUGUUCAUCCCGGGUCCAACUGCCAUAGCUCAUCACCUGAUCUCAACGUGGGUGGAUCAGGGUUCUGGCAAUGUUCACUCAAAGCAACAACCUGGUGUUUCUCUCUCAAAUCUGUAGCUAGAAAGAAAGUUACAACAAUGAUGCUUUUAGAGAAAUCAAACUGUUGCUGUUGAUGCCUAUUUUGAAUUGCAGAGAGUACUGUUAACUAUGUUGGUUAAGAGUUUUAAUAUUAUCUUAAUUUCAUGUA